GCAAUUUACAAACGCACGCAGUGGUUUUUCUCAAAGUAGCCGGGGUGUAACGUGUCCUACUUAUAUCAGUGCACUCAUAACAACCUAAUCAUUAGGAACUUAUAUUCGAGCAAAUAAGUUAUAAAAUGUUUUGUUAACCAUAUUCGACACUCAUUGAACUCUAUACAAAACACGUUAGGCGAGCGAAAAAGCGCCUACUGCUGGAGAUAGAUUUUGACCCCAGUUAUCUCUCUCGCUUCGCCUUUUCCCCUCUGCUUGUAGUGAGAGAAGUUUGUCCCUCUUCGUGAUCUGUCCGGUGUUCCAGAAGCGACGGUUGCUGGUGUAUUGGACGUUCAUAUAUAUGUGUACCAGUGGCAAAGAUGGAGAAGGACACCACUAUUAGGAGAAUAAAAUCCUUAUACGGGACGCAAAACAAUGUAUCGGAAAAUAAGAAUGACUCUCAGGAUCAAUGUGGAAUCAACGGCUGUAGUGAAGUGAAAAAGAAGCCUGAAGUGAGCUUGUACCUGCUACACGAAGGCGUCGGAGUGGCACUGGUGACUGUAUUUAUUCUGGUGCUGUGGGGAGUCGUUCAUUUAUCAUUACAGCAACUAGUCAUUGGAAAGUCUACUGGCGAGUUCAAUGCUAUCAGGGCAAGGAAGCACCUGGAGCGUAUCACCAGCGUCGGUCCCCGUCCCACGGGCAGCCCGGAGAAUGAGAUCUUAACAGUUAACUUCCUGCUAGAGCAGAUUGAGCACAUCAAGGCCGAAAGCGCCUCAGGACCCCACUCUGUCACUGUGGACGUCCAGCGACCCACAGGCUCCUUCAGCAUCGACUUCCUGGGAGGGUUCACCUCCUACUACGACCGGGUCAGCAACAUCGCUGUCCGCCUGGAGCCCAAGGCUGGGGCUCAGCACCUCAUGCUGGCCAACUGCCACUUUGACUCUGUGGCCAACAGUCCUGGUGCAAGUGAUGAUGCAGUGAGCUGUGCGGUGAUGCUGGAGGUGCUCCACUCCCUGGCCAACCUCUCCACACCUCUACGACACGGGGUGGUGUUCCUCUUCAAUGGCGCUGAGGAGAAUGUGCUGCAGGCGAGUCAUGGCUUCAUCACUCAGCAUCCCUGGGCCAAGCAGGUCCGAGCCUUCAUCAACCUGGAGGCUGCAGGGGUGGGCGGCAAAGAGGUGGUGUUUCAGACCGGUCCUGAGAACCCCUGGUUGGUCCAGGCCUAUGUCCAUGCUGCCAAACAUCCCUUUGCCUCGGUGGUGGGACAGGAAGUCUUCCAGAGCGGUGUGAUCCCAUCUGACACGGACUUCCGCAUCUACAGGGAUUUUGGAAACAUUCCAGGAAUUGAUUUGGCCUUCAUUGAGAACGGUUUCCUCUACCACACCAAGUACGACACAUCCGACAGAAUACUGACCGACUCCAUCCAGAGGGCAGGUGACAACAUCCUGGCGGUACUGAAGCACCUGGUGAUGUCUGAGGAGCUGGCGGACUCGUCGGAGUAUCGUCAUGGCAACAUGGUGUUCUUCGACCUGCUUGGCGUGGUGGUGGUGGCGUACCCGGCCCGCGUUGGUACCAUCAUCAACUACAUGACUGCCAUGGCAACCUUCCUCUACCUAUUUAAGAAGUGCUCCCAUCCCAGUAAUGUGGGAGGCCGUUACAUCAAGGAGCUGGCCUAUGCCACAGCGGUCGUCAUCCUCAGCUGGUUGGUCACUCUGCUGACAGUGCUCAUCAUAGCCUUGGUUGUGUCGCUGACAGGACGAUCCAUGUUCUGGUACAAUGACUUCUAUACAUGCAUCUUUAUGUACGGUUCAGCUGCCACUGGGACGAUGGUCCUGAUCCACACACUGGCCAAGAACCUCUACUACGGGGGUGUACGUCGUCUGGAGCUGGGGGAGCUCUACUUUGACGUGAGCCUGCUGCUGUGGUGCGGUGCCCUAGUCUACCUCACAGCUAACGACCUCUGCUCUGCCUACGUCCCCAUGCUGAUGGUGGCCUUCCCUCUGACCACCAAGCUUCUCCUCGCCAGGGAGUUUAAACUCAGAGGUGCAUCGGUGAAGUACUCUGUUCUCUACCAGCUGGGUCUGGCUCUGCCCUAUGUCCACUUCAUGUUCCUGAUCUGGGUAGUGUUUGAGAUCUUCACGCCCAUCCUGGGGCGCAGCGGCACAGAGAUCCCCCCUGACGUGGUCCUGGCCACCCUCGUCACCCUCGCCACACUCUUCCUCUCCUCCUUCUUUCUCCACUUCAUCUACUUGGCUAGGUCUACUAAGUGGCUGUUGGCAGGUCUGGGAACAGUGUUCACUGUGUUUCUGGUGCUGGUGUUGUGUGGAAUGUUCUUCCCAGAUCUGUGCCAGACCCCUCGAGCUCUACAGACACACACCACUCGUACCUUUCAUGGUCUGGAUGGCCAGGUGAAGAGCAGAGACUCAGGUCUGUGGAUCAACAGCUUUGACUACACUGGCAUGCAGCACAUCACGCCUAUCAUACCAGAGAUCAACGACACUAUCAGGACCAGCUGUCAGGAGGACAGGCCUUUCUGUGGCUACCCCUGGUUCCUACCUGUCAAGUUCCUUGUCAAGUUGGAUCUCUGUCCCAGCCACAUGUCCCUCUACCUGAGACCCCACCAAGGGGCCUCUCUGACCAGCUGGUCGUUUGGGGAUGGUGUUCCCCAGUACCACUUGGCUGGAGAGUACUUUAUAUUCUACUCCCACGGCCUGGAUGCCCCCGCCUGGAACUUCUGGUUCGAAAUACAGCCUCCCAGAAAAGAGGAUCCGUCAGGCCCAGAGGGAAUGAUCUCAGUAGCCAUCUCAUCUCAUUACUUCUUUGGAGAGGACCAGAGGACUGUUCAGCUAGAGGACAUGCUGAAGAGGUUCCCUAAAUGGGCCUUCCCCUCUUCCUGGGUCUCCACCUAUCACAUGUACCGAUACUGACACCUAGGCCUAUCAGAUGUACACACACUGGGAGGCACCUACCACAUUUACCCAUACUUGAAAUACUGGGCCCGUUGUUGGGCCUGCUUCCACACAUACAUUUGAGAGACCCGACCAUCACUGUGUCAAUAGCUAACAGGAGGGACAUUAAAGCAACAUUAUUUAUAAACAGUAACAGUAGGACUAUGGAACGGUCCUUAUAAACAGUAACAGUAGGACUAGGGAACGGUCCUUAUAAACAGUAACAGUAGGACUAGGGAACGGUCCUUAUAAACAGUAACAGUAGGACUAGGGAACGGUCCUUAUAAACAGUAACAGUAGG